CGGUCGUGUUGCCUCCCUUGCGGGAGUGCAGUUUCCUCCCGGCAUGGUAUGGGUCACGCACGCCAUGGCGCGGGCCGAACACUUGCUGUACCUCAUGGGUCACCGCAGCACGAUCGGGAGACUCCCUUAAACUCAGGCAUUGUGCCUGCCGGGUGGUAUGCAGAGCUCAAACGGUGGUUCCACUGUGCAUUUUUGGUUAUCUCCUACUUUGGAGUUGGCAUCCUGUUCUACUCACAUGUCGAAAGAAAAGCGUGUGAGGAUGACGCAGAGCCGAUGUGCACUGAGCCAUGGUCGCCAGUUGACUCGGUGUACUUCGUGAUGGUUAGUAUGAGUACGGUGGGCUACGGCGAUCUCGCACCAAGUACCCCAGUCUCGCGAGUUUUCACCCUUUUCUUCAUCAUUUAUGGCAUUGUGGUUCCAUUUGCCUCUUUGGCAUCCCAACUGGCAACUGUCAUGGACCACGCAUCGAAAUAUUUCCAGAAGGUCAUCGCUCAUUGUUUCGGACAUCGUGAUCUUCGUGAAUGGUUUAGACAAGCAGAUGAGAUGGACGAGGUACUAGCAAAUGCUCCUGGUGCCAUCAUUUUCUGGGUGAGCAAUAUGUUUGUUCCAGUGAUGAUGUUUACCACCUGGCAGCUGUUUUGCGCCUGUAUAUUCAUGGUCCUACAAGACCUGACAUUCCCUCUGUCCCUUUACCAUUGCGUGGUCACUGCCACUACAGUUGGAUAUGGCGAUGUUCCCAUCAUGGAGGAGUCGCGCCCAUUCGCGGUGAUCCAUAUUGGAGUUGGUGUGGCACUCCUUGGUGCCUGCAUCGCGGAAGUUCCGGCACUAUUUGACAUCCGGAGUGUUCAAAUUCGACAACUGGAGAUUUUGCAGCGAGUCCUGGACGUUGAGAUGAUCAUGCAAUUGGAUAGGGAUGGCAAUGGUGUUGACAAACUGGAGUUUUGCAUCGGCAUUCUCAUAGAGAUUGGUGCAGAACUGGCAGGGCUUCCCUUACAGUGGGAGGACAUUGUUCCCUUUAUCAAGCAGUUUGAGGCCUUUGACGUGGACAAGUCCGGGCACCUCUCUACCGAGGAUCUGGAGCUCAUGGCAUCUACGAUGGAGGCCAAUCGGAGUGAACUUCGCAAGCAACUCUCUCGGCAGAUGUCGAUGCGCUGGCACCAUCGGGAGGCCGUACCCGUCGAAGGGAGCGUGGUGGAAUCGCCGCAUUCACCCAUCUGCAGCCAGGCGUCGAAUGCAUCGAUUGCGAGCUGGGUCGAAAUGAGGCAGAAAUCUUUGACUGGAAGAGAGGUGUCUCCGGUCUUGGCCGAGAUUUCUCCAGAGGUUGAGACUAUUCGCGCCACAGCAGUCGCCUCGCUGCCUCUGGUCGAUUUGCGACAGGCGGUUGAGAGCAGAGGCAGCAGCCUGUGCUCUCCCAGCAGAACACCUGGUUCAAUCGCUCGCCAAGUGUCUCUAUAGCGCUGCUGAAUGCACUGCUGAAUGCAAUGCUCUGGGUCGUUUUUUCAUGGCUACAAAAGAGGGAAACAUGUAGUGGUG